CCUUAGCUUUGCAAAAACAAGUUAAGUUUCAUAGAGGCUGAUCUCUUCUUCCUUUUUGUGCUUAGGAAAACUUGCCAUUAUUAGAAGCUUCUUCUUGUUCUUGAUCUUGUUUGUAUAAUAUGAUGGGAAAGAAGAGCAAUAAUUUUGGAGUAUUUUCCCAAAAGAAAGCAUGUGCUAUUAAUUUUGUAGUGAAGUUGUUUGGAGUAAUGAUGUUGGUUCAAAAGGUUUGUGGAGUUGAGUUUCAAGUGGGAGGAUCAAAGGGUGUAUGGGGAGUUCCUUCAGAUCCUAAUGCUCAAACUCUUAAUCAAUGGGCAGAAUCAAGAAGAUUUCAAAUUGGAGACUCCUUAGUGUUCAACUACCAAGGUGGGCAAGACUCAGUACUAUUAGUGAAUGAAGAUGACUAUAAAAAUUGCCACACAGAAUCGCCCAUAAAGCACUUCUCAGAUGGCCACACUGUUAUCAAGUUUGAAAAAUCUGGCCCUCAUUAUUUCAUUAGUGGGAUCAAAGACAAUUGCCUUAAGAAUGAGAAAUUGGUUGUGGUUGUCUUGGCUGAUAGAACCAAGCAAUACUCUGCUCCACCCCCGGCUCCGGCUACCGAAUCCCAACCCCCCGAAGCUUCCGUCCAGAUGAACCCGACCCCGUCCCCGAUCGCCGAGGAGCCUCCCGCUAAUGUUGCAUCGUCUUUACCUAUCGUCACCUUUUUGGGUUUAACUGGAGUGUUUGCUACUUCAACUGCUCUUCUUUUGUAAUUGUGUACAUUGUAAUUUGAUGGUUAGGGUUUUUAUUUUAUAAUUGGUUUGUAUUAUUAUUUUUUAACAAGGAGCUGUGAUGUUGUUGGGGGUGGAUUGUUUGGUGUUCUUUUGGGAGUGAAUAAUCUGUGUGUUGUGCCUAUUGUUUGUUUAGUUGGCAUAGAUGACAAAAAAAAAGGUAAUAAUCUUGGGUGGUAGGGUUAAAAAAGGCCCUUGUUUGCAUGUAUUAUAUAUUCAAAUAAAUGGAUUUUCAUCAAAAAGAAAAAGGGAAAGGAAAAUAUGCUUUAUAUAUA